CGUACUUUUGUGGCAAACAAAGAAUAAAUGUAACAAAAUGCAUAAGUUGAUAAAGUUUUUGCUUUUGUUUUGCACCAUAUUUAAAGCCGUACACGGUGCGUGUCCCUCGGAUUGGAUACAAAAUGGCGACAGUUGUUAUUACUUCUCAUACAAAACAUCUGCGGCGUUAUCUUGGCAUGAAUCUCAAGCUACAUGCGAAGAGUUGCUCGGUGGGCUUGCAGUCGUGGAAACACUAGAAGAGAAUACUUUCCUUGCAACCCAAAUCCCAUCAGGACAACGACAUUGGAUUGGCUUGCAUGAUAUCAACGUAGAAGACAACUGGGAAUGGGUGGAUGGAACUACCUUAACUUAUGCGGCUUGGGACGGAGGGCAACCCGAUAACUGGGUUGAUUCCGAAGGACAAGAGGAAGAUUGUGUUGUACAGAAUGAGAAUGGAUUGUGGAACGAUCUGUCAUGUUUGGUACCGGCGUUAUUUGUAUGUGAACGAAGUACUUCAACAGUUCCAACCUCCAACUGCCAAGCUAGCGAUGGUUGGGAAGAAUAUAACGGUCGUUGUUAUUUGUGGGUUGAAUCUAAAGUAUCGUGGCCGUCUGCUGAUACGGCGUGUAAAAAACUGGGUUCGAAUCUCGUUGCUAUCACAGAUACACCUGAACAGUUGUUUGUGGCGGAUAAAGUUAAUAAUCAUGCAGUUCAUACCUGGAUUGGCUUGUCUACUAUUAACCACGAGAGCAAUGACCUUUAUUGGAGUAAUGGGAAAGACAUUUUUGGGCCAAACUCGUACGCAAACUGGGGACCAAACCAACCAGAUUUAACAAGCACGUCCGAUCACUGCGUGGAAGUUAACCCAAGUACUGGAACAAGUGGUUAUUGGGCUGUGGAAAGAUGUGGAGAAGGCCAUUCAUUUAUCUGUGAAUCGGGAGUAACAGGUUCCUGUGCCCCUGGUUGGUCUCUUUACUCUGGUUCUUGUUAUUUCUUCGGGAUGUCCGAUGAUUUGCAAACUAACUGGGUUGAAUCCAGAGACGCAUGUUCUACCAUGGGAGGUUACUUGAUUAUUAUUAACAGUGAAGCUGAGCAGAAGUUUCUCAACACCCACUUGCAAGAGAUUCAAGACUUUGGUUCGAACGACGUAUGGAUAGGAAUCUCUGAUUCUGACGGCGAUGGAAUAUUUUUAUGGUCAGAUGGAACGUCAGCGACAUCUAGUGGCGGUUAUACCAACUUUGGAACGAGCCAACCCAGAGAUAUCAGUGGUGCGUGGGAUUGUGGUCAAAUAUUCACGGGGUCUUCGAACGGACUUUGGGAAACUUACGAUUGCUUUAAGAAGCAAGCAUUCGUGUGUGAGAUCGCUCCAGGUGUUGACGUGAAACCUUUGGUGCCAACUGCUUCAAUCCAUGAAGGCUGCCCACCUGAUUGGUUCUGGUACAACAACCAUUGUUACUUCUUUGAAUAUGAAACAGAGUUUACAUGGUCAGCUGCUGAAAACUUCUGUCUUGAAAAUGGAGCUCAUCUUGUCAGCAUUGUUGACCCUGAAGAAAAUGGAUUUGUAACCGGACAUGCAUUUGGAACCAACUGGAUUGGAGCCAAUGAUAUGGGGGUAGAAGGACAGUAUGUUUGGUCAGAUCAAUCACCUUGGACUUUCUCUAAUUUUCAAGAUGGUGAACCGAAUGACAGCGGUGAUUGCAUCACAUUAUGGGCAGAUGUCGGUUACAAAUGGGACGACACCUCGUGCACCGUGGUUCACCCGUUUAUUUGUAAAAUGCCGGAACAACAAUGUUUUGAAGCCUUGGGAAUGGAAGACCGAACUAUACUUGAUAUUGAAAUAACAGCAAGUUCGUAUUGGGAUGACAACCACGCACCUUGGUUGGCUCGCUUGAAUAACCAACAAGAUCCUCCAUCACAAGGAUGUUGGGCGCCUACACUUGAUGCUGCAGGGCAAAACCCAGCACCCGGCACUACAUGGAUACAAAUACAGCUGGUGAUUCCACGAACAGUAACAGCAGUUGUAACCCAAGGACGACCCGGUGGUUUCUUGCAAUGGAUAACUUCAUACCAACUCUCAUACUCAGAUGAUGGUAUCACGUUCACAACUGUAAAAGACAACACAGGAGCAGUGAAGACAUUCACAGCCAACGUUGAUGAAAACACCCCCGUUACAAACAAACUACCAACCCCUAUUGUGACAUCAUACAUACGACUCACACAACAAUCGUAUAAUAAUUUCCCCUCGUUAAGAAUGGAGCUACUUGGAUGUUCCAAGGACAACACAGACAUCGUGACUCCAUCUCCGGUGCAAGCUUGUACCUCAGUUCCCAGCCAUGAAAGACUUGAUUGUGGAUAUGCUGGGAUCCUUAGCACUGAAUGCAUCAGCAAAGGUUGUUGUUGGGAUAGUUCUAUACCUGACACUAAAUGGUGUUUCUAUAAAAAAGAUGAUUACGACCCACGAUGUGGCAAAGAUUGGACUUUCAAUCCAAGUGGGGAAUUCAACUGUUAUCAUUUCAAUGAUUAUCAAACAAGAACGUGGCAAACUGCGAGAGAUUAUUGUCUUGGACUUGGGGGGGAUUUGCUCAGCGUCAACUCAAAGGAAGAACAGGCUUAUGUAAAUGGCCAAAUAUCCACCAUGGUUCUCAUGCCAGCGUUUUGGAUUGGAGCAAAUAUAAUAGAUAACGAUGGUUGGAAGUGGUGUAGCGGGGCUCCAUUCAACUUUAUAUAUUGGGAAGAUGGUGAACCAAAUGGUGAGAAUGAGAAAUGUGUUGAAAUGUAUUCGUCCAAUUCUAAAUGGAACGACCUGGAUUGUUCAGCUGAAAGAGGAAUCGCUUGCAAGAAACUCGCUAACACCGCUCCUGUUAUUCCUAUUGCUAAUGGAGAGUAUAUAAUAGAUAUAUGCGAGGGGGAUUCUGACGUCCUUGUUUGUCCUGGCGAGCUGGUUAUUGUAAUUCACCAUGCUUCUUAUGGGAGGUCUAAUAUAGCUACAUGUAGCAGCGAUCAAGGCGUACCAAUCGGAGGUUGCCAUUCAGAAGACUCCAUAAACAUUGUAUCUGACUUGUGUAACUACCAGCAAGCAUGCACUGUUAGCGCAACUAAUGAUAUAUUUGGUGACCCGUGCCCGAAUACUUACAAAUAUCUCAAUGUUAUUUACUCAUGCGAGCAAGCAACUUGUUACCAAAAGCUUGGUGUGGAAAAUGGUUCAGUUGCGGAUUCCCAAUUCUCCCAGUCUUCUUAUAUUGAUAAUAAACAUAAAGGGGUGAAUGGGAGGCUA